GGCUCUCUACGGCCGGGCUCCCCUACCCCGAUCCAGCCCCCGGCCCCGCCCCCCUCGGCCCCUCUGGCCCGGAGCCCCCUCCUGGGAUACCGCCCCGGCCCCGCCCCCGUCGCUCCGGCCGCAGUCGCUGCUCGCCUGGUCCCGCGCUUGGCCCGGAGCUCUGAGCUAGGCUCCCGAUCCCGCUUCCCGCGCCCGGGUUGGGCAGGUGGGCCGGUCCGCGUCGGGAGGCGCUGCCCUCUGUCCCUGCCCCACGCCCGCAGCCUGCACGGCUGUGUUCCUCUCCUGUCCCCUCCGCCCUUUGGGAAUUGAUUUGGUACGGGCUCGAGGCUUGCAGCCCCUCCCUCAACCGCCGGGCCCCAGGGAGGGUAGCCCCCAGCCCGGGCUCAGACCUAGUAUCCCCGCUGGAAUUGAGAUGUAGAGCUGCUCGAUGAUCUGGACGACUCCUGCCCCGUUUCCUCGUGCCUGGAAUAAGCCGUCCAUGUUCUGCCUUCUUUUCCACAAUAGGUGGAAAGCAAUGGGAAGCUGGGCCGGGAGGCUGCAGAAGUGUCUCUCCAGGUUAAGCUGAUCCACGCGGGGGAGGGGUCAAGGAGAGGGGGGAGGGUCUCCGAGGUGAAGCUUGGCUCCUCCCUCCAAGUGGCCCCAGACUGUGCCUGGGGGGGGUAGUCCUGGGGAUGCCCCCCCCCUUAUCGGAGUUGGGGUGUCCUCCCUAGGAUUGAGGCCAGUUUCAUUACACUGUGCAGACUUUAGGCGGGAAAGAAGCUCAGAGUCUGGUGUUCACCGCAUGGUUUAAUCACGAUACAGCCUCUCAGAGAUGGAAGCCCCAGGGGCCUGGAGAUUGGCGUAGCCAGUACAGUAGCAUAAUGGGGUUCGGUAACUCCUCCUUUUGGUGUUCUAUAGCUAAUCUGCUUCCCGGUUUUCUUGAAGUACUGUAGGAAAAAGUACCCUCAGAACCCCAGAGACUAACAAAGCCAGUUUUCACAACUUGUCUUCUUCCCUCUCCUUCCCCUCCUUCCUUCCUUAUCCCCAUCCCAUCCCCUUAGCUCUCAGGGCCAGUCUGGGGCAGGAGGAUGCUUACUCAGCCCCACCAUGGAGCUGCGCUGUGGGGGACUGCUGUUCAGUUCCCGCUUUGACUCAGGGAACUUGGCCCAUGUGGAGAAGGUGGAUUCUGUGGCUAGUGAAGGGGAGGGGGGCGGGAGUGGGGGGUCAGCCCCCACCACCGGCGGAAUAUCCUCUACCUCUGACUACGAAUUCAACGUGUGGACACGGCCUGAUUGUGCUGAAACAGAAUAUGAGAAUGGGAACAGGUAUGAAGCUGGGGUCAAGGGGAGGGAAUAUGCAGAAACCCAGCGCCAUAACUUCCUUUUGGCCUUACUCUCCUACCUGUCCUCCCAGGGACCUACUUGGCUCUCCUCACAGUUUCACAAUGCCCUCCUUCUCAUCCCCAUAGAACAGCCUUUUCCCAUUCUUUCUACUAACCUGCCUUGCUCCAUUCCUCUUGCUACCUCAUCCUCUCUCUUACAGACUUUUCUCUUCCUAUUCUGCCUCAUUAGGUCAUGGUUCUACUUCAGUGUCCGGGGAGGAAUUCCAGGAAAACUCAUAAAGAUCAACAUCAUGAAUAUGAACAAGCAAAGCAAACUGUACUCCCAGGGCAUGGCACCCUUUGUGCGUACACUACCCACUCGACCUCGUUGGGAACGCAUACGUGACAGGCCCACCUUUGAGAUGACAGAGACACAGUUUGUGCUGUCCUUUGUGCACCGCUUCGUUGAAGGUCGUGGGGCCACCACCUUCUUCGCCUUCUGCUACCCCUUCUCCUACAGUGACUGCCAGGAUCUGCUGAACCAGCUAGACCAGCGCUUUCUGGAGAGCCAUCCUUCCCUUAGCAGCCCCUUAGAUUCCAUCUAUUACCACCGAGAACUCCUUUGCAACUCUCUGGAUGGACUUCGAGUAGAUCUGUUGACUGUGAGUUCCUGUCAUGGGCUUCGAGAUGAAAGAGAACCCCGUCUGGAGCAGCUAUUUCCUGAUACCAGCACACCCCGGCCAUUCUGUUUCUCAGGCAAGAGGAUAUUCUUCUUGAGCAGCAGGGUGCACCCUGGGGAGACACCAUCUAGCUUUGUCUUCAAUGGUUUUUUGGAUUUUAUCCUUCGACCUGAUGACCCUCGUGCCCAGACCCUACGUCGUCUUUUUGUCUUUAAGCUGAUUCCCAUGUUGAACCCAGAUGGUGUGGUACGGGGUCACUAUCGGACAGACUCACGAGGAGUGAACCUAAACCGUCAAUAUCUAAAGCCAGAUGCAGUCCUGCACCCGGCCAUCUAUGGGGCUAAGGCAGUGCUGCUCUACCACCACGUGCACUCACGUCUGAAUCCCCAUACUCCCUCUGACCAACAGCCCAAUCCCCCACCUUCAGCCCAACCUGGUCCACUUUCUGAACUUGAAAAAACGGACAAUCUCAAUAAUGAGGCUGACCUUGGACUUUCAACUGAUGGGGAAAAUUCUGAGUCCUGGACCCAAACUGAGCCAGCAAACCAGGACCCCAGCUUGUGGUUUUUGGAAUCAGAAUCUGGUGAGGUGGAACCAGCCCCUGAAACCAUCCCCCCCAAGGAGAGCGGUGUGGCCUACUAUGUGGACUUACAUGGACAUGCCUCCAAAAGGGGAUGUUUCAUGUAUGGAAAUAGCUUCAGUGAUGAGAGUGCCCAGGUAGAAAAUAUGCUGUAUCCAAAGCUUAUUUCCCUGAAUUCAGCACACUUUGACUUCCAAGGCUGCAAUUUCUCAGAGAAGAACAUGUAUGCUCGGGAUCGUCGAGAUGGCCAAUCUAAGGAGGGCAGUGGGCGAGUUGCCAUCUACAAAGCCUCAGGGAUCAUUCACAGCUACACACUUGAAUGCAACUACAACACUGGACGCUCAGUAAACAGCAUUCCUGCUGCCUGCCAUGACAAUGGGCGUGCCAGUCCCCCUCCCCAACCUGCCUUCCGUUCCAGAUAUACUGUGGAGCUGUUUGAGCAGGUAGGGCGGGCUGUGGCCAUUGCAGCCCUGGACAUGGCAGAAUGCAAUCCCUGGCCACGAAUCGUCCUGUCGGAACACAACUGCCUCAACAACUUGAGAGCCUGGAUGCUGAGACAUGUCCGUAACAGCAGAGGUGUAGGUAACAGCCUUAAUGUAGGCAUCAACAAAAGGAGAGGCUCUCGAACCCCACCAAAAGGCCCCAAUGGUUUGCCUAUAUCAUGCUCUGAAAACACCCUGAGCCGGACCCGAAGUUUCAGCACUGGUACCACUGGCAGUAGCCAACAAAAUUCUCCACAGAUCAAAACUUCACCCAGCUUUCCCUUUCAUAGCAGUCGGUCUACAGGGCUACCAGGCCUGGGCCUUGGGGCCCAGAAAGGCAGCCAUCGGGUCCUGGGCCCUGUUAGAGAUGCAGGGAGCACUGCAGAGGAAAAGGAGGACUGCAGCAACACAGCAGGGAAGCAAAGACAAGGUCAUGGGCAGAGCUGGGUUACUACAGACUGGAAAACCCUAGCAGAGUCCCGGGGCCAGGACAGGAGAAGGCGGCAGCAACCACUGACCCAUCGACCUACCACAGGCAGCUUGGACUCGCCCCCAACUCCUCCUAGUACCGGCCCAGCCCCUUCAAGAAACAUAGGCCCCUGCUUACUGCCUACCUCACUGGGUAUAGCAGGGAGUAGCUGCUCACUCCUGUCUUCAGGGGAUAAACCAGAGACCGUCAUGGUUAUUGGGAAGGGGCUGCUGGGGAGUAGUUCUCGCACCCCCUGCAUCAGGGCUCGACUGCAGAACUGCCCGAGGAGAGUUUCCGCCAGGAGGGGUCCCGGAUUCCCCAGAUGCCAGAAUCAAGUCCAGGAAGUGAGAAGCUCAGGGGAAGAGUCUAGCCCUCAGCGCCACCCCCUAUCCAUACAGGCUAGGCCCGGGUUGGGCCGGGGCUCACCGCCGCCUGGCAGAGGGAUGAGAGGCUCUUCGGGCCCCACAUCCCCCAUCCCCCGGACCAGGGACAGCUCUGAGCCAGAGCCAGGAUCCUGCUCUGUUGCACCAGGGCUGUACCCGGUUGGGCCCCCACGGCCCCACUCUGCCCCUGCCUCCUCACUCUUGUCCCGUCCCAUCGUUUGCUCCCAGCCCCCAACUUGUUACAGUGGGGGGGCACUGGGACAGUCUGAGGGUUGUUCUAUUAUCAAGCCCUCCCCAAUCACUCAGUCUCCCAGAGUAUGAUUUUGUCCCUGACUCCAUGGCAGGGCAUCCUUCCAUGGUUUUAGGGCACAGGAAACGCCCUAACAAUUGCUUCACCCCCUGUAAUAACCAUGGCUCCUUAGAGAGUCAGCCUCAUUGUCCCGGGACCAUUUGGGGUGACAAAGGAGCAGGGACCUCCCAGCCCCAUCCCUCCCUCCACAGCACAGGAAUUUGGGACCAUAUAUAUAUAUUUUUUAUAUUGGUGGGUUGGAAAAAGAAAUCAGUCCCUACACUGAGCCCUGUUCAGUGGCAGAUUUUGCCUCUGGCUUGUUUCAUAGGAUAGGGAAGACUUUGAGGAAAUAAAAGUUGUUUGGAAAAAAACCUCAAGAAA